AUGGGGCCUUUGGCAGGUUUUCAUCUGAGCGGCACAGUGACGGACCCCGCCACACCCGCUUCCCCAGAGCUUGUGUGCAGCGUGAGCGUCAGCUUCGACCGCUGCAAGAUCACGGCGGUAACAUGCACCUGCGGCAACAAAGACAUCUUCUACUGUGCCCAUGUAGUGGCGCUGUCGCUUUACAGAGUACGGAAGCCCGAGCAGGUCAAACUGCACCUGCCCAUCUCAGAGACGUUGUUUCAGAUGAGCAGAGACCAGCUGCAGAAGUUUGUCCAGUAUCUGAUCUCAGUCCACCACACAGAGGUGCUGCCCACGGCACAGAAACUGGCAGACGAGAUUCUGUCACAGAACUCGGAGAUCAACCAGGUUCAUGGGGCCCCGGACCCCACAGCGGGAGCCAGUGUGGACGACGAGAACUGCUGGCACCUGGACGAGGAGCAGGUUCAGGAGCAAGUCAAGCUUUUCCUUUCCCAGGGAGGAUACCACGGCUCCGGCAAGCAGCUCAACCUGCUCUUCAGCAAGGUGAGGGAGAUGCUGAAGAUGCGUGACUCCAAUGGAGCGAGGAUGUUAACACUGAUCACAGAACAGUUCAUGGCCGACCCUCGGCUGGCGCUGUGGAGACAGCAGGGCACCACCAUGACCGACAAGUACAGACAGCUCUGGGAUGAGCUUGGUGCCCUGUGGAUGUGCAUCGUACUGAACCCCCACUGUAAACCGGAGCAGAAGUCAUCGUGGCUGCGCCAGCUGCGCAGAUGGAACAGCGUGGACGUCUGCCCCUGGGAGGACGGUAACCAUGGCAACGAGCUGCCCAACCUCACCCACUCACUCCCUCAGGGUGCCCAUGGCAACCAAGAGAUGCGGCCCCACAGGACGGUGUUCACACGGGCCAUCGAAGCCUGUGACCUGCACUGGCAGGACCGACACCUCCAGCACAUUAUCGCCAGUGACCUCUAUGCCAACUACUGUUACCAUGACAACCAGGAGGGUUCCCUCUUUGACUCUCGUGGCUGGCCCCUGUGGCACGAACAUGUCCCAACGGCCUGUGCCAGAGUGGAUGCUCUGCGUUCACAUGGUUACCCAAGAGAAGCCCUCCGAUUGGCCAUCGCCGUGGUGAACACAUUACGACGGCAACAGCAGAGGCAGCUGGAGCACUUCCGUCGGCACAAGAAAGAGAUCCUCCAUAAAGGCCACACCUCCAUAACAAACAUGGAGGGCUGGGUGGGACACCCCCUGGAUCCCAUCGGUACCCUGUUCAGCACCCUGACGGAGUCGGGACGAGCAGGAGAGGAGGGCUCCAACACCUGCUUAGACCUCUCAGACUGCUCCAGUGUUGUAAGCCGAGCAGAACUCCAGCGUAUGCCCGUGCAGCGAUUGCUGGGAGACGGUGAAUCGUACGUGGCUCUCGCAGUGGAGACGGCUCUGAUUGGCUUGGGCCAGCAGCGGGUGAUGCCCGACGGACUGUAUGCGCAAGAAAAGGUCUGUCGCAACGAAGAGCAGCUAUUGGCCAAGCUGCAAGAAGUGGAACUGGACGAAACCCUGGUCAAAAUCUUCCGUAAACAGGCCGUCUUUCUGCUGGAGG